AAUAUAGAUGUAUUUAUUAUAAUGUCACAUAACAAUGACAAUCUGUUCGUGACUCAACUUCUCAUUUGCCUCUGUGUGAUCGGGCUGCUGUAGCCUCCGCCCCUGAACUCGAGAGAUGGGGCGAUCAAAUCUCGCGAGUGCCUUUCCUCUCGCGAUGUCACCCAGCAUCGCUGUCCUGCUGCAGUGCGCGUAUAAAGCAGCAAGACUGGCGGGCACGAGAGGAGGAGUUGCGGCAAGGUCGCGCAGCAUCACGGCGCAAUUUAGCCAAGGAAAGCUCGAUUCAUAGAGACUAUCUGGGUCUGUAGAGUCCUUGCGAGAGCACACACCGGGCUGUGCGUUGGAUGUUUCACUGAGCGUGUGUAACUUGUCAGGAGUUGUUGACUGGACGUGCUGCUGUUCUCCAUUUGCAUCCGCAUGUGCGCGUCGCGCUGCGGGUUCAGAGGGAAGCGCGGCGCGUUGUUUUAGUCUUCCUGCAGCAUCAGUGACUACGCUGGGUCACAUCCAUUGGCUCGUUUGCACUUUUAUCGGACAGUAUCAGCUUUGGGAAGGGUUUUUUGACUCACCAUGUCGGCGUCACCUCCAAUCUCCGCGGGCGAUUAUCUCUCUGCGCCCGAACCUGAUGCGCUUAAACCCGCCGGUCCGACUCCGAGCCAGAGCCGCUUCCAGGUGGAUCUGGUGACAGAGUCCGCAGGGGACGGUGAAACCACUGUCGGCUUCGACUCAUCCCCACCCGAGUACGUUGCCGAGCCGCCGCCCGAUGGGCUCCGGGAUUCAGUAUCUGGCGGCGAGGAAGCCAAGGGCCGGUUUCGGGUUGUGAACUUUGCGGCCUCAAGUCCGGACGCCGCGCCGGCGGAAACCGCGCAGAACGGGGACACGGUGAUGAGCGAGGGCAGUUUGCACUCCUCCACCGGCGGCCAGCAGCACCAUCACUACGAUACACACACCAACACCUACUACCUCCGUACGUUCGGACACAACACCAUCGACGCCGUGCCCAAGAUCGACUUCUACCGGCAGACCGCCGCUCCGCUGGGCGAGAAACUCAUUAGACCCACCCUCUCAGAACUGCACGACGAGCUGGACAAGGAGCCAUUUGAGGAUGGGUUUGCUAACGGCGAGGAGUUGACCCCUGCCGAGGAGUCUGCAGCUAAAGAUGUAUCAGAGUCUAAAGGAGUGGUGAAGUUCGGAUGGAUCAAGGGCGUGCUGGUGCGCUGCAUGUUAAACAUAUGGGGUGUGAUGCUCUUCAUUCGAAUGACAUGGAUCGUGGGCCAGGCUGGAAUUGCAUAUUCCUGUAUCAUUGUUAUUAUGGCAACUGUUGUGACAACCAUCACAGGCUGCUCGACUUCUGCGAUUGCAACUAAUGGCUUUGUACGAGGAGGUGGAGCAUAUUACUUAAUAUCUCGAAGUCUGGGUCCAGAGUUUGGUGGCUCCAUUGGUCUCAUUUUUGCCUUUGCCAAUGCUGUUGCUGUAGCCAUGUAUGUUGUGGGUUUUGCCGAAACUGUUGUUGAGCUACUCAUGGACUCUGGUCUAUUAAUGAUCGAUCAAACAAAUGACAUCAGAGUCAUUGGGACCAUUACAGUCAUUCUGCUUCUCGGCAUUUCAGUGGCUGGAAUGGAGUGGGAAGCCAAGGCCCAGAUAUUCCUAUUGGUCAUAUUGAUUACUGCCAUUUUCAACUACUUCAUUGGGUCCUUCAUUGCUGUUGACUCGAAGAAGAAAUUUGGCUUCUUUAGUUAUGAUGCUGGCAUCUUGGCGGAAAAUUUUGGUCCAGACUUUCGAGGACAGACGUUUUUCUCUGUUUUUUCCAUCUUCUUCCCAGCAGCCACAGGCAUUUUGGCUGGUGCCAACAUCUCAGGAGAUCUAGCAGACCCUCAAAUGGCCAUCCCAAAAGGAACGCUUUUGGCUAUUCUCAUAACAGGCCUUGUGUACGUGGGUGUGGCCAUUUCUGCAGGUGCUUGCAUCGUGCGUGAUGCUACAGGAAUCGAGAGUAACUUUACUCUCAUUUCAAACUGUACUGAUGCAGCCUGUAAGUAUGGCUAUGACUUCAGUUCCUGCAGACCUACGGUUGAAGGAGAAGUAUCUUCCUGCAAGUUUGGUCUUCACAAUGAUUUCCAGGUUAUGAGCGUGGUGUCAGGCUUCAGUCCUCUUAUCAGUGCUGGGAUUUUCUCUGCCACACUUUCCUCUGCCCUGGCAUCUCUCGUCAGUGCCCCAAAAGUGUUUCAGGCUUUAUGCAAAGACAAUAUCUAUCCUGGAAUUGCAAUUUUUGGAAAGGGCUAUGGCAAGAACAACGAGCCCCUGCGAGGAUAUUUUCUUACCUUUGGCAUUGCGUUAGCUUUCAUUCUAAUUGCGGAGUUGAACGUCAUUGCCCCAAUCAUUUCCAACUUUUUCCUGGCAUCAUACGCUCUCAUCAACUUCUCGGUGUUUCACGCUUCGCUGGCCAAUUCCCCUGGAUGGAGGCCAAGCUUCAAGUACUACAACAUGUGGGCGUCUCUGGCCGGGGCAAUCCUAUGUUGUGUUGUCAUGUUUAUCAUCAAUUGGUGGGCAGCGCUUUUGACCAACGUCAUUGUCUUAUCCCUUUACAUCUACGUCAGCUACAAAAAACCAGAUGUGAAUUGGGGUUCGUCAACUCAAGCUCUGACGUAUCAUCAGGCCUUAACACACAGUUUACAGCUGUGCGGAGUAGCUGACCACAUUAAAACCUUCAGGCCACAGUGUCUGGUGAUGACUGGGGCUCCAAACUCGCGUCCAGCUAUUCUUCAUCUGGUCCAUGCCUUCACCAAAAAUGUGGGGCUGAUGUUAUGUGGGCAUGUGCGCAUUAGUUCUCGACGGCCCAACUUCAAAGAGCUAAACAGCGAUAUGUUGCGUUACCAGAGGUGGCUCCUUAACAACAACUCCAAGGCCUUUUACACAUGUGUCGUUGCUGAAGACCUCCGUCAAGGAACCCAGUACAUGCUGCAGGCUGCUGGACUGGGUAGAUUGAGGCCCAAUACUCUGGUUAUUGGUUUCAAAAAUGACUGGCGCACUGGAGACAUAAAGGAGGUUGAGACCUACAUAAACCUAAUACAUGAUGCGUUUGAUUUUCAGUAUGGUGUUGUCAUUCUCAGACUGCGAGAGGGACUUGAUAUUUCUCACAUUCAAGAUGAUUCUUCAGGUAUGAAGGAUGUGGUGGUUUCAGUGGACAUAAGCAAAGACUCGGAUGGAGACUCAUCCAAACCCUCCUCCAAGGCCACCAGUGUUCAGAACAGCCCAGCGGUCCAGAAAGAUGAGGAUGAUGAUGGCAAAGCCCACACUCAGCCGCUGUUGAAGAAAGAUAAAAAGAGCCCGACAGUUCCUCUAAAUGUAGCUGAUCAGAGGUUGUUGGAUGCCAGUCAACAGUUUCAGCAGAAACAGGGGAAGGGGACAGUGGAUGUGUGGUGGCUCUUUGAUGACGGGGGUCUGACUCUACUGAUCCCCUAUCUUAUCGCCAACAAGAAGAAAUGGAAGGACUGUAAGAUCCGCGUGUUCAUCGGUGGGAAGAUCAACAGAAUAGACCAUGACCGCAGAGCCAUGGCCACCUUGCUCAGCAAGUUCAGGAUCGAUUUCUCUGACAUCACAGUCCUUGGUGACAUCAACACAAAGCCAAAGUCUGAGGGUUUGACAGAGUUUGCUGAAAUGAUCGAGCCAUAUAAACUGAGAGAAGAUGACAUGGAGCAGGAAGCUGCUGAGAAGCUGAAAAGCGAGGAACCCUGGAGGAUCACAGACAAUGAGCUGGAGCUCUACAAAGCCAAGGGUAACCGUCAGAUCAGACUGAAUGAGCUGUUGAAGGAGCACUCAAGCACAGCCAACCUCAUUGUCAUGAGUAUGCCGCUGGCCAGGAAAGGAGCCGUCUCCAGUGCCCUUUAUAUGGCCUGGCUAGACACACUAUCCAAAGACCUGCCGCCCAUCCUCUUAGUGCGCGGGAACCAUCAGAGCGUCCUCACGUUCUACUCUUAAAGAGCUCACAGACACAACUGCCCCCACGAGCACACAUGUAACGAGUACAGCACCUCUGACUGAUAACGAUGAUGAUGAAGGUUUUAAAGAUGCUGAUAGACAUUUUUCAACAAAGCCGAAACAAAAGGAUGUUCCAGAGCAGUUCUUUUCUUCCACGCCGCAGACGUAAAACGGGAAAGAUCAACGCUUGGUGGUUUCUCUAGUCUUCAGCUCAAAGGUUUUAGAGCACACAUUGUUACACUGAUUGUUAUCAUUGUUAUCAUUGUUAUGACUGUCACAACUUUUUGAGUUGUGGAUAUAUAUAUAUUUUUUUCUUUUAAAUUUGCUCUUGAUGAAGCAAUAAUCACCUCAUUUCUUAUUUUCUCACUUUGAAGAAAAGCGUAAUUCUUUGCAACACUUUUUAUAGCCUUGUGGAUGUGCCUUCCUGUGCAAUCAGAUUAAAAUCUUAAACUUUCCCUGACUAAUGAUUUAUAACGAUCUAGAUUUAGGCUGCUUGUUUUUAUUGGGUUUUAAAUGUAAAUCGAUCUUGAUUUGAUCACAUUUUAACACAAGUGGACCGAAGGUCCCGCUGCGCCGUAUUUGACAAUACUUUUUCGCUUUUUUGUAGACGACUUUCCAUCUGUUGAUUUUUCUUCAGAGUUUUACGUCUUCCUUUUAGCAUUGAAUGAGUUGGAGUUUUAGUGCAGUGCCCCCUCCAUGUUGUUGUUGUUGCGAUGGUCAACCUGAACUACGAGGUGAUUACAAUCAUCUUUCAUGUAGUCUAAUGUAAAAAGUCAGAACUUUAACAAAACUAUAUUAGUUUUCCUUCGUGUGCAGUUAAACGGUUUUUGGUUUGACGAUUAAAAAAAAAAAAAAGCGGCUGAUGUGUGCUGUCUGAAGGAAGAGGCAUCAGGUCAUUUCAAAAUAACAAUAAGCCAAAUAAGAGCAAAGCCCUGGAAUCACAAAUCCUGCUACAGAGGAGAUCUUUGCCUUAACAGAUGAUGAUGGUGAUUGUUGUUUUUACUGUUUUCAAGCCAUACUGGCUAGUUUAUUGACUAGUAUGCGAAUGCAGAUCAAAAGAGGAAGAUUUAGAGAUAGAAAAUAGAUGGACGGAUGCCUGAACUAGAAUGUAAUCUUGACCACCACCUCAUUAGUCUCCAAAAAGCUCUCAUCUUUUUUUUUUAUGACAUAAAAAGGAGUCUGGAAUUAUUAAUUUGUACAAGCUGAUCUCUUGAAAACUCUUGUUUUCAGUUUAAAAUGCCACAUUUCAACUAUACAUCCACGGUUGGACCGUUACAGUAACCAACCAAAGCUGGUCUUCCCUUGCUUUUAUAGUGUUUUUUUUGGUCAGUGCAUUUCUGCGGUUAAAGGCCUUAAUGGAGAUGAAGUGUUAUUUAAAGCUGUAAGAAUGUUUUCAGCGUUGAAUGAAACUGAUUUGUUCUUCUAUGCAGAUGGACUGCGUGCGACUCUUUGAAAUCGUGUAAUCUAAACUCAGGAUUGAGUGCCGGGUUCAUCUUAAACGUCGGAGAUUCUGUCAGUUGUCUUGUUUUUCAGAUGUCUGGACAGCCAUUGAGAAAACUGCAUUUCAGUUUCUCCUGUUCCUGAAUGUUUGUCCAGUGGAUGCUUGUGAUUGAAUGCUGGGAUGUGACCAAAUGUUUGUCGAAUGGCCCGUCAUGCCUUAGUUUAAAGUGGUUACUAACUGAAGUGUUGGUCGGUUAGCAACAUGGGUAACUGUUUGCGCGUCCACCACAUUAGCUCUUUGCGUUCGUCACGCCUUGGUUUCCAACACUACUUUCGUUUCCAGGCUCAGUGUGUGUUGUGCUGUUGCAGGUUCUGUGUACGUCGGAUUCACAGCCCUGCCGUUUGUCCAAUUAAGAAAUGUGACAAAGUUAGAAUGAAUAUAUUCAUAUUUAUAGUUCUCAGUAUAAACUAGUAUUUAAAAGUACUUAAAUGUGUGUGCGCCGCAUGUGUUUUGGUUUGAAGUGGGUGAAGUUAGUGAAGCUGACGGUACAAUCCUACUCGUUGAAAAUCUGUUCUGUGUUUGUACGUUGGUGUGGCUGUACAGCACUCAUUCACCCAAUCACGUUCAACUAUUACCUGUCAUCUUGAUCGGUAAAGACGCUUGUGUAUAUAUAAUGUUUGGAGAUUGUUGGGAGAGUGUCACAAUCAUAUAUUGCGUGUUUCUCACUGAUGUAGAAAUGCAUCUAGUUGCAGCUGUAGGUUUCCAUAAUAUGAGGUGCUUUAAAAGUGCCUCUUAAAGGUUCCACUGGUGUUUCCCGUAGACGAACACUUGUUUUUCUUAUUUUACCCUUGGCAUGUGAUAGCGUUUCUCACCUUGCAGAGUGUGUUGCCAAAGUCUCAUUUGCAUAUUGCUACGUGUGAAAAUUGAGUUAACACAUCAAGGUCAAGAAGUUCCAGCUACAGUAGUUCACACUAUACUUCCUCACUAACUUGUAUAUAUAUUUUAACCUAACCGGAUUAAUCAAAGAAGUGGAUUAAUGCAAAUUAAAAUGGUGAAACAUAUUUAUUUAAUUAUAUAUUCUUUGUUUCUCUCUUUUUCAACCCCUCUUAUGUUACAGUAGUUUCAAAAUGUGAAGUUUUUUUUUUUAUUAUUAUUGUUUGCUUGGAUUUAGACAGCAAAAUCUCAUAUUUGGUCUCUUUCUCAAUGUUUGGUCACAUUUCUAUCUUUAUAUGCCUUUUAAUGAAACACUCUGUUGACCAGUGGCUUGAGUUUUCUGCUAAACCAUGAGGGUGGAUCUGAUCGAUUGCGCUGGAACUGUAAUGUUUUGAUAUACUGUACUGUUAUUGUCACAUAUAUGCUUUUUUUCUAACAUUUUAACGGUUAAGGGUAUCGAUGCUUUGUACAUCCUUAUUGCAAUAUAUAAAAAUAAACUGAAAUGAAAAUCA